AUGCUUUGCCUUUACCUUCAAUCAGUCUCAUCGUCUCUUCAAGAUGAAGUAAAUUUCUGUAGAGUUCGUGCCAGUUCCCUCGAGGGUGAACUCACUAAACUCGAAAUGGUUCGUGCUCCAAGAAAGGCUCGUGCUGCUCCAGAACAAUGUUGCUCUUGCGGAACUGGACAAGCUGGACCACCAGGACUUCCAGGAGAUGACGGAACUCCAGGAAAUGAUGGAUCAAACGGAACUCCAGGAACACCAGGAGUUGACGCUGAUGGUGAAGAUUAUAAACCAGAUCCAAGCCAAUUCUGCUUCAAGUGCGACGAAGCUCCAGCUGGACCACCAGGAAAGCCUGGACCAAACGGACCAAACGGAAAUGCUGGAGAGCCAGGACGCGACGGACUUGCUGGAAGACCAGGAGCCAAUGGGCCACCAGGACAACAAGGACCACAAGGAGCACCAGGAAACGACGGGCCAACCGGGCCACACGGACCACAAGGAACAUCAACUGUUGUCCCAUCUCCAGCUGGACAACCAGGAUCACCAGGAGCCCCAGGACCAGCUGGGCCACCAGGAGCCGCUGGAAGACCAGGAAGAGAUGGACAACCAGGAGCCCCAGGACAACAAGGAGGAAACGGUCCAGACGGACACCCAGGAAAGAACGGAGCCGAUGGUCUUCCAGGAGCACCAGGAAACGAUGGAGCUCGCGGAGGUUGCGAUCACUGCCCACCACCAAGAACUGCCCCAGGAUAUUAG